AUGCUAAAAGGGAACAGAAUCCACGACGAUAUCAGUGAUGACGAUUUUGUUAGUGAGAAGCAAAUUUUUCAAGGAUCUAAUAAAACCAUCUUGACUCUUGAAUCUAUUCAUGUCGUUAAAGGUAUUGACAAACAUGUUAAGAAGAGAAUAGAAGAAGGAAAAGUAUAUCUGAGUGAUAUAAGUCCUGUGAAGAAUGCAGAAAUUGAAGAAGCAUUUUUAAAAAGUUUAUGUGACAAUGCUUCGAAAAAUAAUAUCAUUAGUAAAAAAAAGUAUUAUAGUGGUAAAUUCACUAAAGAUUUGAAUAUAAAGAUAGAAGAAAAUUACAAAUGUUUUAGUAUAGACAACAACAAGUCCUAUAUUGAUAGUGGAGGAGGGCAUAGCGCGCGUGGUUCUCAUAGUGACCCAGGUGAUACAGGUGACUUUGGUGGUACUCAUAACCUCCAUAGAGAUGCAUAUCACUUCAAAACAUUCAGUGACAAUGAAAAAAUUAGGAGCAAUGAGGUAGAUAUGCGGAGGAAAAAAGUACAACAAGAGAGUGAACCUAUAGUACUCGAAAAAAAGAAAGACAAUGAGGAUAAAGAGAAAGGAGAAAGGGAUAAAGAUAUGAGGAAUGAAAUGGGGGAUGAAAAGGAUGAAGAAGAGGAAGAAUCAGAGAUGCCUUUUUAUGACCGAAUUAACUCCUUUGUUCAUAAUAAUUUAAAACAGAACUUAUUCGAAAAGUUCUCAUUCAAUGAUUUCCCAGAAGUUUUAGAAAGAGAAACAAUUGAUUAUAUAAAAAAAAAAGAAAGAAAAUUACAAAAAAAGAGAUUAAACGCAAAUUUGGAAGCGUUAAGAUUGCAGUACAUACCAAUAAAUAAUGACAAAUUUGUAAAUAUCCCAACAGUAAUUAAAGAAAACAUUUUAGCUCUAUUUGCAUGUAUCAUAAUAAAACAUAUAGACUCAUUUGACGAUAUACAAGUUCAAAACCAUUUAGAUGAGUUAUCGAAAAAUUUUCUUAAACAAAUGUCAGAUUUACUUGUUAUAGAUCCAUUAGCAUACAAAUGCAUAAUCAAGCCAUUAGAACAAAGAGAAUUAAUAAGAGAUAUCACAGGAGAUAAAAAAAUAUAUCAGUUAUAUGAAAAACCAUUUGUUGAUAAUUUGUUAAUACAAAUACAAGACCUUCAACCAAGUAUUGAUUUAAAAUUCCAAAAAGUUGUAGAAGAAUUGAACAAUGAAAUGGAUUUCUGGCAAAAUGAUAAUAUUAUAGACGAACAUAAUAAUGAAACAUUUAGUGAUAUAGAAAAGGAUAUUUCUUAUAGCGGACCUAGACGUUACAGUAAUAGUAGCAACCUUUUUGAUGAUGAGGAGGAGGAGGAAGAAGAAAAUGAAGAUAUUAGAAACGAUGCUAAAAAUUUAUCCUCCAUUCGUGGUAGUUUUAUUCAGAGAGAAAUUGAUGAAUCAUAUAAUGGGGAGGCUAUAAAUGAUUAUUUCUCAUGUGGAGAAAAUAAUCCUACAUGGAGUUCUAAUAAGAAUAGAACUAUUCAUCAAUACACAUCAAAUGUCACUUGCUCAACUGCACAAGCAGGAAGUAUCUCUAUUAAUGAUGGACCCAAAGCAGGGAAGAACCAUCAAAAUUAUUUAGGAAAACACAAUAAUAAAAAAAUAAACAAGAUAAAUCCACAAUAUAAUGAAAAGAGAAGCUCUUCAGAAUGUCAUAAUAACAGUCCAAUAAUGCAUGAACAAAGUCAUAAUAAACUUUUUAAUUCAGAUAAUUGCAAUUUCCCGGAAAACCUUGAUCUACCUAACCCUGAUGAUAGACCCAUCCACCCAUAUGAUAAUGAAACAAAAGAUGAUGAGAACAUGUCUUAUGAUCAUCCACUUGGGAAACUACCUAAUGAGGCAAAUAAAGCUGCUCAUGAAAUCUGUCACACAACAACAAAAAACCAUCCCAGGGAGGAGAUAUCCAUUGAUAAUGAUCUUCUGGUUCAUGGCCAAGAAGAAACUCAUGAAAGUUCCAGUAGUAGUGAUAACACAAAAGAAUACAAGAGUGUAAAAAAUUCGAUUGAACCAAACAAGAAAAAUGAAACAGGGUCAGAAAUUCCAUGUGAACAAUUAAAAGAGACAGAAUGGAAACAAAUUAGUAGAAGUAGCUCAAACUUUGAAAAAAAUGUUACGUCAAAAAAAAAUGAAUCCGAUAGAAAGGAUGAGAAAAAUGUAGGUGUAAAUAUACAGGCUAGAAUAAAAACAAGUAUUAACCGCUCAGAUACUUUUGAAGGUGAAAGUGAUUAUGAUGAGAUCGAUAUUGAUAAACAUUUGAAUCAUGGUGUACCAACAAGAGGUCCAGAAGUAAAAUCAGUCCUUCUAAGAGAUUUAAUCACAACAUAUAUCAUGACAGGAAAUAAUAAUGCGAGGAUACAAUUGUAUUUUCAAAAGUUUGCAAGAUGCUUAAAAAUUAAUGAAUUAUUAAUAUUAAGAAUAGAAGAAAAUUUGGCCGCAGAUUUGAUAAGUGCAUUACAAGCAUCUACCAACGAAACUUCAAAAAGAAAAAAAAUAAGAAGAAUUAAAAUUGCAGCGGCUGCUUUAGGUGGCGGAGCUUUAAUAGCUUUUACUGCAGGGUUAGCUGCACCUGGUAUUAUAGCAGGAUUAACAGCCUUGGGUGCAGGUGGUAGUAGUCUUACAGCUUUUCUUGCUUCAGCUAGUGGUUUGGCAUUUAUUGUUUCACUUUUUGGUGCAGGAGGAGCAGGAUUGACAGGCUACAAAUAUAGCAGAAGAAUAGCAAAUAUAAGAACAUUUGAAUUUAUUAUGUUAAAUGGAACUAUCUCCAAAUCGUUAAGUGUAUGUGUAUGUGUUAGUGGGGAAAUAAAAACUGAUGAUGAUAUAACGAAUCCAUGGAUAGAUGUAUUUCCAAAUUGUUAUUGUGAUUUAUAUGCAUUAAAAUGGGAAAACCAUUUAUUAAAAACCUUAGGUUCAUUAAUUGAAACCAUGCUUUCUCAAGAAUUUGCUAUAACAGCUAGUAGGAUAUGGUUACAGUAUACUAUAGCAAGUACUCUAAGUGCUGCUUUAACGUGGCCAUUAGCAUUAAUUAAAUAUGCUUCAAGUUUGGAUAAUGUAUAUUUACUUAUAAGAGAGAGAGCGCAACAAGCUGGGAGAAUAUUAGCAGAUGCACUGAGUGAUAGAAACACUGUAGGUCAAAGACCUGUUAUUCUUGUUGGCUAUUCGGUUGGGGCACGCGUUAUUUUUUAUUGCUUGAAAUAUUUGCAUGCAAAAAAGCUGUACAAUAUUGUCAGUAAUGCCAUAUUUAUAGGUCUACCUGCAACUACGAGCACAAGAGUGUGGGAGAAAAUUAGGAUGGUUGUGACGAAUCGUGUGAUUAAUGUAUAUUCAAAAAAUGAUUGGCUUCUAGGUUUCUUGUAUAGAUAUAUGGAAUGGAAAUUAAGUGUCGCUGGGCUUAUUGCUGUGAACGUACCAAAUGUCGAAAAUUAUGACGCCAGUGGAAUUAUACUCAGCCAUUUGGAUUACAAGAGAAAGUUAAAGGACAUUUUUAAUUUGAUAAACUUCGACAUGUGA